GAGGGGGGCUGGGACUCUUUGUCUCGGCGGAGGGAUCACGCUCUCUCCUCCGCCCGCCAGCUCGCUCGCGCCCGAAGCUGGCUGGCUGGCUGACGAGAGCGGCAGCAGCGGCAGUAGCAGCAGCUCUUGGGUUGGCGGCGGGUUUUGCUGCGAGUUGUUGUUUCCUCCUCCUCCUGCUGCUGCUGCUGCUGCCGCCGCCACAGCCGCUGCUACUGCCGCCCGGGGCUUGAAUGGUGGAGCUGAGCGCCUUGCUGCUGCGGCUGUUGCCGCCGAACAAACAGUGACAGCUCCUGGGCGAGCGCCGUCGUGUUCGGCUCGCAGGGCCCCGCCGCCGGGGGAGCUCGGCCUCAGCCAGCCGGGCUCCUCUCGCUCGCCAUGUCCGGGGACGGCGGCGGCGUUGGGAGCAACAACAGCGGCAGGCACACGGCGGAGCUGCGAUCGGAGCUCUAUUUCCUCAUCGCCCGCUUUCUGGAGAACGGACCCUGCGAGGAAGCGGCUCAGGUCCUGAUCCGACAAGUCGCCGAGAAGGAGUUGCUUCCUAAGCGCACGGACUGGACGGGGAAGGAGCAUCCCAGGAGCUACGAGAGCCUAGUAAAAUACUAUAGACAUUUGGCACCUGAUCACCUGCUUCAGAUAUGCCAUCGACUAGGACCACUUCUAGAGCAAGAAAUUCCUCAGAGCGUUCCAGGAAUCCAAACAUUAUUAGGAGCUGGAAGACAGUCUUUGCUUCGCACAAGUAAAAGCUGCAAGCAUGUCGUGUGGAAGGGAUCUGCUCUUGCUGCAUUGCACUGUGGAAGACCUCCAGAGUCACCAGUAAACUAUGGCAGUCCACCUAGUAUAGCUGAAACACUCUUUUCAAGAAAACUAAAUGGAAAAUACAGACUUGAACAACUUGUUCCAACUGCUGUAUAUCAACAUAUGAAAAUGCACAAGCGAAUCCUAGGACAUUUGUCUUCGGUUUAUUGUGUAACGUUUGACCGAACAGGCAGACGGAUAUUCACUGGUUCUGAUGAUUGUCUUGUGAAAAUCUGGGCGACAGAUGAUGGAAGGUUGCUUGCUACUUUAAGAGGACAUGCAGCAGAAAUAUCAGACAUGGCUGUUAAUUAUGAGAAUACCAUGAUUGCUGCAGGGAGCUGUGACAAAAUGAUCAGAGUGUGGUGUCUCCGAACAUGCGCCCCUUUGGCUGUUUUGCAAGGCCACAGUGCAUCCAUAACAUCACUACAGUUUUCACCACUAUGCAGCGGCUCAAAGCGAUACCUGUCUUCAACUGGGGCAGAUGGCACUAUUUGCUUUUGGUUAUGGGAUGCUGGUACACUUAAAAUAAAUCCAAGACCAACAAAGUUUACAGAGCGUCCAAGACCUGGAGUCCAAAUGAUCUGCUCUUCUUUUAGUGCUGGUGGAAUGUUUCUGGCCACUGGAAGUACAGAUCACAUCAUUAGGGUUUAUUACUUUGGAUCAGGUCAGCCAGAGAAGAUAUCAGAGUUGGAGUUUCAUACUGACAAAGUGGACAGCAUUCAGUUUUCUAACACUAGUAAUCGAUUUGUCAGUGGAAGUCGUGAUGGCACAGCACGCAUCUGGAUGUUCAAGAAAAGAGAGUGGAAGAGUAUUUUGUUAGAUAUGGCUACUCGGCCUGCAGGACAAACUUUACAAGGCGUAGAAGACAAAAUCACAAAGCUGAAAGUUACAAUGGUGGCUUGGGACCGUCAUGACAACUCUGUUAUUACUGCAGUUAAUAACAUGACUUUGAAAGUCUGGAAUUCUUUUACUGGGCAACUUAUUCAUGUCCUUAUGGGUCACGAGGAUGAGGUAUUUGUACUUGAGAGUCACCCUUUUGAUCCUAGAGUUCUCUUCUCUGCUGGCCAUGAUGGAAAUGUCAUAGUAUGGGAUUUGACAAAGGGAGUAAAGAUCCGAUCUUACUUCAACAUGAUUGAAGGACAAGGACAUGGGGCAGUCUUUGACUGCAAGUGUUCUCCUGAUGGCCAGCAUUUUGCCUGUACAGACUCUCACGGUCAUCUUCUGAUCUUUGGAUUUGGCUCCAGUAGCAAAUAUGACAAGAUAGCAGAUCAGAUGUUCUUUCACAGUGAUUAUCGGCCUCUCAUCCGUGAUGCCAACAACUUUGUGUUGGAUGAACAGACACAACAAGCACCUCACCUCAUGCCUCCACCAUUUUUAGUUGAUGUUGAUGGUAACCCUCAUCCAUCAAGAUACCAGAGAUUAGUUCCAGGACGUGAAAAUUGUAGAGAGGAGCAACUUAUUCCCCAGAUGGGGGUAACUUCUUCAGGACUGAACCAGGUUUUGAGUCAGCAAGUUAGCCCCUUGGACAGCAUGAUACAGAGACUUCAACAAGAGCAAGAUCAAAGGCAAUCAGGAGAGGCUGGAACUAGCAACACUAACAGAGUUGGCAGGGGCUCUGUAAACUCUACCUCUGAGGUACAUUCACCACCAAAUGUGGGGUUAAGACGCAGUGGACAAAUUGAAGGAGUGCGGCAGAUGCAUAGCAAUGCACCAAGAAGUGAGAUAGCUACUGAGAGAGACCUAGUGGCAUGGAGUCGAAGGGUUGUGGUGCCAGAGCUGUCAACAGGAGUAGCUAGUAGGCAGGAGGAAUGGAGAACAGCAAAGGGAGAAGAAGAAAUCAAGUUAUACAUGUCAGAAGAGAAAAGAAAACACAUUAUUGCUCAUGUUCCUAGAGAGAAUAAAAUACCAUCUUUACCUAAGAAUCAUUCUCAUGAUCAUCUAUUAGAUGUUGGUGAUUCAAAAAAGCAACAGGCCAACCAGCAUAACUACCGUACUAGAUUUGCAUUGGAAGAAACUGCCAGGCCAAAUGAAGAUGCGGAAAAAGGAAGCAGUUCCUCAGAAGAGGGAGAAGUAGUUGUUGCAAAUGGCAGAACAUCUGAAGAUGAGAGGAAAGCAUGGCACAGUGAUGGCAGUUCUAGUGACUAUUCUAGUGAUUAUUCGGACUGGACAGCAGAUGCUGGAAUUAAUCUGCAACCACCAAAGAAAGUUCCUAAAAUUAAGACUAAGAAAGCAGAAAGCAGCUCAGAAGAUGAGGAAGGUCCUGAAAAACAGAGGCAAAAGCAAAUCAGAAAGGAAAGAAAAAAAGAUACUGAAUACAAAGACGGUCCAACAUCACCAAAGAAAAGGAAACCCAAAGAGAGAAAGCAAAAGAGGUUGGCUGUGGGAGUGUUGGCAGAAAAUGGCUUGACAUUGGAAGAUUGGCUGCCUUCUGUGUGGAUCACAGACCUUGUUCCUCGCCGAUGUCCAUUUGUACCACAAAUGGGAGAUGAGGUAUACUAUUUCCGACAAGGCCAUGAAGCGUAUGUUUUAAUGGCAAAGAAGAAUAAAAUAUAUAGCAUUAAUCCCAAGAAACAGCCAUGGCAUAAGAUAGAACUACGGGAACAAGAACUCAUGAAAAUAGUUGGAAUAAAAUAUGAAGUUGGGCUACCUACACUUUGCUGCCUUAAACUUGCUUUUCUUGACCCAGAUACUGGUAAAUUGACUGGAGGAUCUUUUACAAUGAAGUAUCAUGACAUGCCAGAUGUUAUAGAUUUCCUAGUCUUAAGGCAGCAGUUUGAUGAUGCAAAACACAGACGCUGGAACAUAGGUGAUCGAUUUAGAUCAGUAAUUGAUGAUGCUUGGUGGUUCGGAACAAUAGAAAGCCAAGAACCUCUUCAGCCUGAUUAUCCUGACAGCUUGUUUCAGUGCUACAAUGUCUGUUGGGACAAUGGAGAUGCUGAGAAAAUGAGUCCUUGGGAUAUGGAGCCUAUACCAAACAAUGGUAUGUGUCUACUUUCCCCUAGAUGUACAGAAAGGAGACAGAACUUACUAUCUGUGUUUCCAGAAGAGCUUGGAACUAGUGUUCCUUUAACUAAUAUUGAAAGCAGAUCAUUAAUCUACAAGCCUUUGGAAGGAGAGUGGGGUUCCAGGACUCGUGAUGAUGAAUGUGAAAGAAUAAUUUCAGGGAUAAACCAGCUGAUGACUUUAGAUAUUGCUUCUGCUUUUGUGGCUCCUGUGGAUUUCCAAGCUUAUCCAAUGUAUUGCACUGUCAUUGCAUAUCCUACUGAUCUUAGUACAAUUAAACAGAGGCUGGAAAAUAGGUUUUACAGGCGACUUUCUUCACUUAUGUGGGAAGUUCGGUAUAUUGAAUACAAUACACAGACGUUCAAUGAACCAGGAAGUCCCAUAGUUAAAUCUGCCAAAUUUGUCACAGAUCUGCUGCUGCACUUCAUAAAAGAUCAGGCUUGCUAUGACAUAAUCCCACUGUAUAAUGCCAUGAAGAAAAAAAUCCUGUCUGAUUCGGAGGAGGAAGAAGAGAAAGACAUUAACAUGCCAGGCACUUCUACUAGAAAGAGGAAGGAUCAUCAGCCCAAGCGGAGGUUACGUAAUAGAGCUCAAUCAUACGAUAUUCAGGCAUGGAAGAGGCAGUGCCAGGAAUUGCUGAAUCUAAUUUUUCAGUGUGAGGAUUCUGAACCUUUUCGCCAACCAGUGGAUCUUCUUGAAUAUCCAGAUUACAGAGACAUCAUUGAUACACCAAUGGAUUUUGCCACGGUUCGGGAAACACUAGAAGCAGGGAACUAUGAAUCGCCAAUGGAAUUGUGUAAAGAUGUGAGGCUAAUCUUCAGCAACUCCAAAGUGUAUACACCAUGCAAAAGAUCAAGAAUUUACAGCAUGAGCCUGCGCCUGUCUGCCUUCUUUGAAGAACACAUUAGUUCCAUCUUAUCAGAUUACAAAUCAGCCUUGCGUUUUCAUAAAAGAAGCACAAUUAAAAAGAUAAGGAAGAAAAGAAGCAGAAGCAGUUCUCUUUCUAGUAGCGUUGCAUCAAGUCCGGACAGGAAACGAAAAAUAAUAAAACCACAGCUGAAAGCUGAACCCCCUGCUAAACCUUUGCCCUCUGCACCGUCACGUUCAACAUCCCUGAGAAACACUGCUGCUCAGAUGAAUGGAAAAGCAGAUGUGACUUUGGUCCGAACAAGGAGUACCAGGGCAGUAGCAGAAAUGGCUGUUAAUGAACAACCAUCUACUUCUUCAGGAGGAAAGCCUACAACUGUGAAACCUAGUGCUACUGUUACAUCAGGUAAAUCAGUACUAGAGGAUUCCACCAAACAUUCCAAGAACCAGAAUAUUUUAUCAGUCCAUAAUCAAACCAAUUAUACUCAUAACACUAGGAAUAAUACUGCAAGAGAAAAUGUGGAGAAGGAUAAACAAAUUAAACGUAAACCAAAAUCUUCCACUCUCAGCCCACAAGCAGAUUGCAAGAAUAAUGUCAUGGCUUUGGCAUCAGGAAGCAUCCAGGUAAAUGGACAUGGGGGACAGUCUUCAAAGCCUAUGUUUAAGAGGGGUCCUGGACGGAAACCCAAGAUUGAAACAAACAACAAUAGUUGUGAAGUGGUGCACAAGAAAAGAGGGAGGAAACCAAAAAACCUAUUACUUGCUCAGCAAAAGAAUUUAGGGCAGAACACAAUCCAAACUGCUAAAGACUUAACACCACCACCACCACCACCACCAGAGGAAGCAUCUGUUUCCACUGCAUGCAAUUCUCUCUCUGAAAAUAAUGUGAAGGAAGACUUGCUGCAAAGAAAAGGGCGUGGAGGCAGAAAGCCUAAAAGAAAGCCAGAGGCCCAAGAGCCAGGAUUAGAACUUGCGUUUUCUGCAGAUCCUAAGAUUCAGACGAGAAGCAAGAGAAAAAAGACAGAAGAGCCUAUUGUAGAAGAGCAUGAAGAACUUAAAGAUUCUGAACCCCACAUGAGAACUAGAAAUCAGGGUAGGAGGACAGCUUUUUACAAUGAAGAUGACUCGGAGGAGGAGCAAAGACAACUAUUGUUUGAAGACACCUCUUUGACUUUUGGGACAUCUAGCAGAGGCAGAGUCCGCAAGUUGACUGAAAAAGCAAAGGCUAAUCUCAUUGGUUGGUAACCAGCAUUUAAAAAUGCUAAUGAACAGGUACAGCUGAGGAAGUGGUAGAACUAAGGAUAUCUGCUUUCUGCUGCUAUUUACAAAUGAGAAUACGUUCUGAUUUGGAAAAAAUAUAGCAAAAACAAACUGAACAUUUCUUUGAAAGAAGUAUGUAUUUUAAACUUUUGCUAUUUAUUGCUCUCCAAGUAGGUUAUACAUUUCAAUUCACUUUGUUCAGUUGGUAUUGAAGAUUGUAUAAAUGGAAAUUCUUGAUUUGCAGAAAUGUUACUGUAAUUUUGGACAGUCAGUAACCUCUAUUUGAUUAAAAUUGAUAGAAUUUUUAAUGUAACAGACUGAGAACAGAACUCCUAUUUUUGAAUGAGCAAGGUACAGUACAUUUGUAUAGAGUGUAGUAUCUGUGUUUUGCAGGAUAUUAGCAGAGAGUGGCAGUAAAUGCCAUUGAGAACAAAUGCAAAAUUCCAAACAUUGCUAAUAAGAUGUUUAAUUUCAGUAGUAAUUGGGCACACAGCUUUGUACAAACAAACCUAGAGCAGCUUGUUGGUUUAUCUACCGUGUUUCUCAUAUUUUAAGACAUGUCUUAUUUUUUUUUUUCCGAAGAAAAUAAGCCUAUGGCUUAUUUUCGGGGGUGUCUAAUUUUUUGCCGAGCCACGACUGAGCGGGAACCAGCAAAGGCAGCA